AUGGUGGGUGCCGAGGAUGAGCCGGCGGACCGUGGCAAGAGCACUGCCAUGUUUGAGUGCAACAUCUGCUUUGAGAUGGCCGACGAGCCGGUGGUCACUUCUUGCGGCCAUCUCUUCUGCUGGCCUUGUUUGUACCAGUGGCUGCAUAUUCAUUCCACCCACAAGGAAUGCCCUGUCUGCAAAGGUGAGGUCACUGAAGGAAACAUCACUCCUAUCUAUGGGAGAGGGAAUUCAACUUCCGAUGUGGAGAAGAAAGUCGCAGACGAUGGCAACGUGUCCAGUCCUAACAUUCCCGCCAGGCCACAUGGGAACCGGCUUGAGAGUUUUCGACAACAGUUCCAUCAUUUGCGCCCAAUUUCUCGUAGGCUUGGCGAGGCACAUGGGAUAUUAUCUUCUUGGAGACGCAUUCUUGAUCAGCAGAUUAUGACUAGCGCGAGUAGGUUUGAAGGGCCUCCAGAAUCAUCUGUCCAGGAGAUGAUAGAUCAUGCUCAUCAGACUGGCCGUUUAAGCCGAAUUACUACUAGGAUGAGAGCAAGGAGGUUGCAAAGGGAAGCAGAAAAUCCUGCAUUUGUUUCUUCAUCUAUUCCAGACGGCGGGAUGCCAGGAAGCAGCACGCCGGAUCCUCCUAGGCGUAGUUCAAGUCCACUUUCCUCGGAAGGAAUUGAUUUAUUGCAACGCCUUACCCUUGUUGGCCUUGCAAAUACGGAAAGGUUGGCAACUGCAGUGAGCGAUCUUAGAAGAAUAUCCAGGCCAAGCCUCCGAGCAUCAACUUCGUCAAAUUUACCAAAUCAUGAGCCGCCAGUUGAUGGAAUUCAUGCUGCUGCAGCACCGUCUGCAGAUCAAACUUCUAAUUCAAGCACAAUGGCUGUGAUUCAGGAGGAUGCUGCUUUUACUGAAAGCGUAGGAGAACCUAGCAAUGCAGGGUCCUCAAGAACCCUGAGGAGGAGGGGAAGAAGCGACGCCUUAGCUGCCCUGCUGUUGUUCUUGCUACUGGGCAAAGAGGAUCGUAUAUUGGGGGAUGUGGGCUGGUGCCCUCAUGAUGGAGUUGGGCAUUCUGUCCCGUUCAGCAGUCACAGUUAUCAUAUCCACAGGCAGAUCGUCCCCGGCCCUGCCGCCCCGUCGCAGGCUUUUCUGCUGCGCCCGCUUGGAAUCCGGAUCUUGCCUCGCCAGUGGAUCGCCGUGGACGGCACCGGCGAGGGCACGCGGGCGGGCACAGGCAGCGUCAACAUACUCACUGCUGAGGCUGCAGUGCCGUCUGAUUUGCCCACGUUGAAUAGCAGCGUCGUCAGAGGCAAUGCGGCCUGCGGCGUGCCCUGUGUUGUGCAUCCUUGGUUCCUCCGUUGA